GGGGGGGGCAAAGCGGCGGCAGCGACACCGGCACCCACACCGACACCGGCACCUCACCGGGGCUCGCAGCCUUCGCCGGGGAGGAGGAGGACGAGGAGAAGAAGCAGGAGGAGGCGGAGGGAAGCGGUCGCGGGUCGCGGGUGCCGCCGCGGGGAGCGGAGCGAGCGCGGGGCGGCGGCGGCGGCGGCUCCUCCAUCAUGUCGUCGGGCGGGGACUUCGGGAACCCGCUGCGGAAAUUCAAGCUGGUGUUCCUGGGCGAGCAGAGCGUGGGGAAGACUUCCUUGAUCACCAGGUUCAUGUAUGACAGCUUUGACAACACCUACCAGGCAACAAUUGGCAUUGACUUCUUAUCGAAAACCAUGUACUUGGAGGAUCGAACAAUCAGGUUGCAGCUGUGGGAUACUGCGGGUCAGGAACGUUUCCGUAGCCUCAUUCCCAGUUACAUCCGUGACUCUGCUGCUGCUGUAGUAGUUUACGAUAUCACAAGUAGGUAUUUUGUACGGUUGCAAUUAUGGGACACAGCAGGUCAAGAGCGGUUCAGGAGCUUGAUUCCUAGCUACAUUCGUGACUCCACUGUUGCAGUUGUUGUUUAUGAUAUCACAAAUGUAAACUCCUUCCAGCAAACCACAAAGUGGAUCGAUGAUGUCAGAACGGAACGGGGCAGCGAUGUCAUCAUCAUGCUGGUGGGAAAUAAAACAGAUCUAGCAGACAAGAGACAAGUGUCCAUUGAGGAAGGAGAAAGGAAAGCCAAAGAGUUGAAUGUAAUGUUCAUUGAAACUAGUGCAAAAGCAGGAUACAAUGUAAAACAGCUUUUCCGACGUGUGGCAGCUGCCUUGCCUGGGAUGGAAAGCACACAAGACAAAAGUAGAGAAGACAUGAUUGACAUAAAACUGGAAAAGCCUCAAGAGCAGCCUGUCAGUGAAGGAGGCUGUUCCUGCUAAUACCAUGUGGCUUCCACCUUUCUCCAGAACAUCACUGCUUUCCCUCCCUGUCCUCUUCAUUGACUGCAGUGUGAAUAUUGGCUUGAACCUUCCCCUUUCCGUAAUAACGUAUCGCAGUUCAUCAUCGCUGGCUGUCUCGUGGAGAUGAUCUUUAGCUUCACAAGCACACCCCACACACACACACACACACACACACACACCCCCCAACAAAAUGUCAGUGUCUUCAUUAUUUAUAAGAAAAGAAAAAAAAAAAAAGCCAAAAUAUUCCACCGUAUUCUAGGUAUAACUUUAAAAAAAAGUAAAAGCAAAAAAAAAAAAAAAAGAAAAUCCAAACAAAAAAAAAAAUAGGUACAAUUUCUUAAUAUUUGUUCCUUUUUUAAUAUGUUAUGAUAUUGCACUUUGAAAUGAUGGCAACUGAGUAAGUUUGGAAUUGGACCUAGAUGAGAUGUAUGUGCAGAAGAAGGCUUGCAAAUCUGACCCAUUGGAAUUUCUCCCAGAAACUGGGAAUGCGUAGACAGCAGGCGGAAUCACGGGGGGGAAGCGGCAGAUGCCGAGGGUUGAGGGCUUAUCCUUGAUAAUUAAACACAAAUUAACCCCAAGCUCUUAAUUGCGAGUCUGCCUGGUGUCCAGACCCAGCCUGGCCUUAGCAGGGCUUGGACACCGCCGGCUGCUGGAGCUGGGAAUUCUCGCCGAGGCAGCGGGGACACAUUUCCAAGGAAGCAUUACUGGGAAAUACGGACGGGCUCUUUGGGAUGAGUGGCUUCUGGAGGAUUUGAGGGGGAAGGAAGGGGUGGAUGUGCAUUAGCAAAACACUUGCAGGAAGCAGGGAGAUAAUGUUUCGAGUGCAAAAUGAGUUUUCAGAGCAUUUUCUUUUUUUUUUUUCCUUUUUAAGUAGAAGACCAAUGAAGUGAAUUAUUACUGCCCAAGAGAUGGGAACGUAACAGUUCAGCUGUUUGGAAGAGAAAGCGUUUUGCUUCUUUGUUUUUUUAGGGGAAGUAUUGAAAUCAGGACUGGCACUAAAACCUGCCAAAGCCGAUUGAAACCUUGGAAAAUUGGGAGAAAGAGGGAAGAGCAGCUGGCUGCCCCAGCAGAGGGGGAAUGGCACCCGCUUUUCCAGAGCGUGGGCUUAGGUCGGUGGGGAAGGGGUGUUUACUUUGAUCCUACAGAAUCCUAGUUGAGACAUCUUAGAUGGAAAGGGAGGGGCUUGAGUAGGAUGGAAACCAACUUCUGAUUAUGCAGAUUUAUGCCUUUAUUUUUUAGCUCUUUUUUUUUAAUUUUAUUUUUAUGUUCAGUCUUCCAAGUUGGUUUAGUUUGGUUCUCUAGAGCUGUAUAGUUUGGUUAAAUAAUUAGUAAUUUAGUUUUCCAUGGAAUUAGGCUCACAAUUAACCCUUUUUUCUUUGAUAUUUAUUUCUCGGCUUUAAUUUUUUUUUUUACUCUUUUCAGUGCUGAUUUUGUUGUUUUCCUUUGGCUGAGGAAUCUGUGUAGAGCUUUGCUGAUGUUGCGAGAUGUAGCUACCCGAGAAACACGGAAUGAAACACACUAGAAGUGCACCCUUUUAAUCUUUACUAGUCAUUGUGAAGUUGCUGUGUAAGUUAAUAAACACAAUUGUAAAUACAUUGUUUGCUGGGCGACUCUGGCCGAGUUACAGUGCAGGAAGGAAUUCUCGAGUCUGUGUUGCGAUUGCGAAUUAAAUGGACAAUUGCAAGGGAAUUUUCAGGCUCCUCCUCGGUUCUCUUCUGCCCCUCUCUCUACCAUCUAAAAUAACCACCUGGGGGAGAGGAAGGGAAUCGUCCUCACCACCACUUUCCCCAGGAAGCGGGCAUAAAAGAGUUGGAAUUCUUCAUUCCUGAGGUGAAUGCCAGGCUCAUGCCCUGCCCUGGGUUUCUAGCAACUCUGCACAACAAUAACUUAAAGGCAGAACGAGAUGUAAAAGUGCUUUUCUAAUGCAAUAUUAAAGGCGAAUUUUUUUGACGUGGCAUGUCUUGAAAUAAACAUCAAUGAUAUGUGACAAAGGAUCAUUCUUUAUUUAAAAGAAACUCUCUGGGGGAAGGAAACCUGGCUGCUUUUCCUUUGUUGUACUGUUCUUAACCGUGCUGAAAUGCUUCAUCCUGCUGCUUCUUCCUUUGCUUUGGUUUGCUUUUUUCUCCUUUGGUUCCCCAUGCAGCUUCUGUUGGUCCUCAUUUGGCUGUUCCCCACAAGCACAUCCUUUUUUUUCCUUGCUUCUGAUAGAACCAGCCCCCUCUGCUUCCCACAGUCCCAAGCUUUAAGCCCUGGAUUUAAGGAGCUGGCUUAGCCCAUACGGGCUGUGAUGGACCAGCAGCCUGGAUGCUUUUCCUGGAACACCUGAGAGCAGGUUUGUCCAGAACUCGCUGGAAACAAAGGUCUGGAGAGCAGCAUUCCCACAGCUCCGUGUUCAGCACGGCCGGGGGGCUGCAGGAGCACGGACGAGGCCCCUGGGGCUGCUCAGCACAGCCAGGUACGUUCAGUGCAUGUCCUUGCUGAUAGCCUGUGCUUAACAGGGCUCAGUCCUGUCCUCAUCCCAGCUCUCCAGAGAGAGCACACUUCCAAGGUGAGCACAGGAGCAACGUGGUCUUUAUAUUAAUUUUUUUUUGUUUUUUUUUUUUUGCACCAUCCGUCUGUCAGAUUUUAGAUUUUGAUUUUCUUUUACUCCGUGGGCGUGGCCAGUGGAACCAUGGGGACAGAUGUUCUUAAUGCUGAUUUUUUGUGCGAUUUUUUUGAGUGAAGGUCUCGGCUCUGUUUCUUUUCUCCUCCCUGCUCUGGCUUGCUCGUUGUACAGUCCAUCAUGCAGCUAUUCCAUGCCUCGCGUUUUGUCUUGAUAAAAGUAGUUGAAGAAAUUGUGUAAGGGGGGAAAAAAAAGGUUCCUUUUCUUCAUGUUGGAAUGUCACUGGUACCUCAGCUCUGUUUGAUAAUAUGAACCAACAACAACAAGAGAACAAAUCCUUAGUGCUUGAACUAAAUAAAUACCUGUCUCAUUGGAAA